AUGGCCAGCUGGGGGCGGUGGCGCGGAGGUGGGGAGGGGGGGGGCGUGCUCCGGGCCGAGAGCGUGCGCGAGCCCCGCAGUCAGGCCACCCCGGGUGAGACAAUAGCGGCGGGCGAGAGGGGCGCAGCCAUCUCCCGGAGACCCGGCGCACUGCACGGCCACCGGGCGCGGCCAGCCCCGCCGGGACUCCGCCGCAGCGCCCGGGCGGCCCGACGCGAGGGCGGGGCGCGCCUGCACCCCGAGAGCGGCGCCCUCCACCUCGCCCCGGCCGCCCGCCUCUGCGCGCCCCUCCCGGCGCGCUGGCGGGGACUCGCGCCUCGGGAGCCCCGGCGCCGAGAUUGCCGCUUCCCACUCCGCCGAGUGGGUCGUCCGAACUGAGCCCCCAAAUAGCAGUGAGCAAUCAACCACCUAGGAAAGGAGACCAGCCCGCCCCCCCC